AUGUCUCGUGGGAACGACUUGGAUGCGGAUUUGGAGGUGGAUCUCCAUGGUGUGGGGGACACCAAUUCGGCGGCCACUACGGCCACGCUGGAGGAAGGUCCUCGGAAGCCACAAGUGCGAUUUUUUAGCAUUGGACCGAGUAGCUACCAGGUGAGGUGUCCUCUGUGCCAACAGAAUAGCAAAACGGAGACUGUGGAAAUGACCGGAGCCCUAGGUCAGCUCAGUUGUGUUCUCUCAGCCUUAUCCUGCUGCUUCCCCAUAUUUGCCCUGACCUUUGUGUACUCCUGCCUCCAGAGUCGCCUGAAGACAAAGCGGGUUUUCUGCAGCAGAUGCGGUGGCCACUUGGGCUUCCACUGGCGUCCCACUUAGUCGGACUUCCAUUUAGUAGUGGCUCUCUAACGAUCUAUAAAUAAACCAGCAGCUGUUGUCAAAUUUUUUUAAUAAGUUA